AUGGAAAAGGCCCAGCAGUAUCCUAUUUGCGGAUUUGUACCUCCAUACAUUCUCUCGGCCAUAGCCGACUCUGCUAUCGCCGAAUCUGAUCAUGUCGGAGAAAGUUCUCGUGCUGCCUGCAAACAUACACUUGAACAUGGAAUUUCCUAUGCCACUCAACGUCAUGAGCUGUGCGCUAGAACUCAGGUUAGUCCUCCAGAUGCUGGAAGAGGCUUCACCACUAAAUGCGUUCAUCGGACCAUUGCUGACUCCAACCAGGACCCAUACAAAGAAAGAUCUAUGAUUGCAACAGAACCGACAAUCUCCCUGGAGUUAUUGCUAGAUCAGAAGGAGAGGACCGCACUGAAGACCGCCAAGUCACCAAUCGUCCACUACAGACCGAAAAGCACGCCAAAAGGUUACAACAAUGCCUUCUGGGAUGGUGAAGCGCAGCAAAUGGUUUUCGGCGAUGGCGACCACAUCACCUUUGACUUCCUUACUGACUCGCUGGAUGUCAUCGCCCACGAACUGAGCCAUGGCUUUGUCCAGUUCUCCUCACCGCUCAAGUAUAAAACCCAGUCAGGAGCCUUGAAUGAGUCUUGCGCCGAUAUCUUCGGCUCCAUGGUCGAGCAAUGGCAUAUGCAUCAGAGCGUGGAUGAUGCAGAUUGGAUUCUGGGUCAGACACUUUUCCCAGUGGCGUUUACAGGUUCUGCGCUACGAACCUUCAAGGCUGGGAAAGCAUACACAGACGACCCUAUCUUCGGAACUGACCCGCAGCCAAAGCAUAUGGACAAUCUUUACAAAGGAACUGAUGAUGGUGGAGGCGUUCAUAUCAACUCCGGUAUCCCGAAUCAUGCCUUCUAUCUGGCUGCGAAAUCUCUUGGUGGGUAUUCCUGGGAAAAGGCUGGCAAGGUGUGGUACAAGACCAUGAUUUCGGGUAAGAUUGAACCCACCUGCGAUUUCAAGACUUUCGCGAAAGCCACAGUAGAUGUCGCCGGAGAGGAAUUUGACGAUAAGUCGGUACAGAAGGCUAUUAGUGAUGCGUGGGUCAAGGUCGGAGUCCUUGCUCAAACCAAACUCUGAGCUCAUGUUUGUUGAUGAGAUGAAUGGUUUCAUAACGUAAGCGGCAGCUAAGCUGCGCACCUUUGCUAAGAGGUAGCCUUAUCCACCUUCUUUUUCUAAUGUCUUAACCACAUGAUAUUGAACUGCUUCCUCGUGAAAACAGGAUGAUUCUUGCUAUUUGCUACGACGUUCUGGCGCCACAAGGCUGUUACGAUUGAGGAACAUG